AUGUGUGCACACGAGCGACAGAAGUCUAAGUCCCCUACGCCACCGCUGCAGGAGGCCCUGGCUGAGAAUCCUCUAGAGGCAGAUGAUAAUCUUCCCGACGAUGAUUCCGCCUAUGCUAUCUCAGAAAACUCGGGUAGCUACCAAACCUCUUUGGCGUCAAGCAUUAUAAACUACAAGUAUGUCGUCCAGUCGUCUCCGCAGCUUUCUCUAACCAACACCUGCUUUGGUGAUACAGAUAUGAGAAUGGACGUCGCUACCAUGCUUUCCGUGCAGGCACCUAUCUACUGGUAUCCAAACGAUGACACAGAGCAAGACCGCAUGGAUCUCGUACAUCAUCUGUACCGUCUGUUGCUCGGCGGCAAGCUCUUCCUAGCGCCUAUCCCCGAUGAGCCCCAUCGUGUCCUCGACCUCGGCACCGGCACGGGUAUCUGGGCCAUGGACUUUGCCGAUGAAUACCCAUCCGCAGAGGUAAUUGGAACGGAUCUCAGUCCCAUCCAGCCAAAAUGGACCCCUCCAAACUGCCUCUUCGAGGUCGACGACUUCGAAGCCGAGUGGCUCUACACCAAGCCCUUCGACUUCAUCCACGCGCGCGAGCUCGAGGGAUGCAUCAGCGACGACGAUGAGCUUUUCCGGCGCGCCUUCCUCCACCUCGCACCGGGCGGGUACAUCGAGUUCCAGGCUGCCAACCCGCGCUGGAUGUCCGACGACGGCACCGCCGACAAAGCCGAGAACGCCCAGAGCUGGCUCAAGGUCCUGCUGGAGGGCUCGGCCAAGUUCGGAAAGCCGCUCGAGAUUGCCGUUGAUUGGAAGGGGAAGAUGGAGAAGGCAGGGUUUGUGGAUGUGCAGCAGGAGGUUCGCAAGAUGCCCAUUGGCGCUUGGCCCAAGGAUCCGAAACUCAAAGAGAUGGGGAGAUAUCAAGGUGUCCAGCAGAUUCAGGCCGUGGAGUCGUACACGCCUAGGCUCUUCUCGACUGUUCUUGGCUGGACGGAGGAGGAGAUCCAGGUGUACGUGGCCAAGGUCAGGAAGGACCUCAAAAACCCUUCAAUUCACCUUUACUUGCCAAUCUACUUCGUCUGGGGGAGGAAGCCCGAGUGA